AUGUACAAAAAGUUCGAAGUUUCUAGUUUUUCAGCGCACUCAAUCUGUUUUGAAUACGGUUCCACAACCAGCUCAAGAUCAAGAUCAACUCAAGAUCAGCUCAAGAUGAUCAUCAUUAUCGGCGGGGCAGUUGGAGCCAUCAUCGUCCUUGUUCUAGCCGUUGGCGUUUUCUUCUACUGUAGAAAGAAGAAAAAGAGUAAGCAGAACGUGACGGGAACUGGAACAAUGUCUGGAUCAAAUGCUACCUCUGGUACAACCAAACAGUCCACUGCUACUAACAAUUUCAAUGCUGGAACACCGACUGGAGCACCGACUGGAACACCGACCACUACAGUAGGAGAAAGAUAUUAG